AUGCAGCAUACAAGCGAAGAGAUCCGCACUUCGUUGGACGAACUAGACGAAGUCAUCGCUGCCUUCGACGAGCAGGAAGAUCAUGGAACGUCAGCAUGUGGCUUAUUUUCUCUUCAUUCUUUCUCAUCUGCAAUAACGUCACCAAUGACUUUAGGUAUUUCGCAAAAAUCUACAGCCUAUGCAUUAGCUGCCCCCAAUCUGGCUCCUCUCUCUCCCUCUUCUGAAUCUCCCAUAUCCAUGGGCAGUGAGCAUUCGUCUCUCAUGGCAAGUGCUAUGAUUUCCUCCGAUGGAUUUUACAUGAGCAGAAGCACUGAGAGAAACAAAGUUCUCCCAAGUGGCAUAGAUGCUGUGGAUAUUUCCGUUAGGGUUCCUAUGGCCCAUUCAUGUCCUACGCAUGGUGAAUCUUACUCCCAAUUCAGGGGUGGAGAUAAAUUUGAUUACGGCAAACGACUGGGAAACUACGUCUGUGAUGGCCUCCAGCUCCGGCAAUUAUGUAACGAUGAGGAACUCGACAGUGAACAUCAUUCACAACUUAUUUUGACACCUAGCCCUUCUAUCGAUUUAGAGGUGCCACUGUCGGCGUCCUCUAUGACGCUCCAUCAGCGAUAUUCCCCUACCACGGUGUCUAUUGAUGAUCUAGCUGUUGAUGUUGAGCAAACAUCUAUGCCAACAAGGAAAAAUUGCGUCCAAGUAGAAAGCGGAUCCUCUCCUGAUGGUAAUUUCAAGGUCUCGUCUAUCGUACUUUUUCAUUGA